AAAUUUUGGUACCGUCAAUAAUAACCUUAAAUUUACGUCUACAUUUAGGUUCUGAAUGUUCUGAUAUCCUUAGUUUAUACCAUUUUAUAUAAUUUCUAGUACUACAAAAAUGACAAAUUGUCAAUGCGCUACGCUUAUUAAUUAUUAUUAAUGUUAUUAUAGUUUAUAGUGCUUACUGUUUAUACGCGUAUGUUGUAUUGCACGUAUACUUUGCACCUGCUGUGCCGUAUUUACUGGUAUUAGUACUUAGUUGUUUAGCUAACUACAAUUUUGUCCAUUAUUUUCCGAUUUUUAUUUCCAAUUCGUAUAUUUUAUAAGGUACUUACGUAGUAUUUUAUAUAUUCUGUAACUAAUUAUUUCGUUGGUAGUAAAACUUGAAUCUUAACAUUUAUUCUGAAUCUUAUUGUUGUGCUGUAAAUUUGUCUUCAGUUUAUCUAUAUUGUUAUCUUUAUACUCGUUUAUAAUUAUAUUAAAAUAUAUAUUGUGAGUUAUGGGUGCAUAAGUUACAGGGCGAUUUAUAUAAUUUUCAAAAAUGGAAAGGGGUGGAAGAGGUAUGAGAAGAACUAGAGGUGGACGUCCAUUCAUAAGAGGUUUUUAUCGGGGUAGAACUCCAAAUAGAAAAGGAACUCGACGUCCAAUGGGAAAUAGAUCAAGACCAUCUAGUUCUAGAGACAAGUAUGAAUCUUCAUACAAUGAUAAUGAUCGAAGUGAUUCACGUGAAAGAUCAUGGGAUUCUCAAUCAGGCACUGACAAAGAUACCUCAAAAGAAAAACAUGAUGGAGAAGAUGCUUCACCAAUCGGCAGAAGUAAAUGGGAUAAAGACGAAGACCCUGGUGAAAAGAAUGACGAACGGUAUUCAGAUAAAAAAGGUUAUUAUAAUGAUACAAAGUACUAUAGACGUGCAACUGUACACCCUCAUAGAGGUUAUAGAAGACCAUACCAAAAUAAUUAUUGGGAUAGAAGUGAUCGUGGUAGACACCACUCACCACAAAGUCAAUACCGUGUAAGACCAUAUAAUUCUCCUUCUAGACAUAGACGUUAUUCACGUUCUCCUGAUAGACGUCGUUCGCCAAGUAGAUAUCGUUCUAAAUCACGAUCUCGAUCUCAUUCACAUUCUCCUAGUAGAUCCAGACGCUAUGCUUCUCCAAAACAUAGAUCACCCAAGAGAAGAUCCCCAUCACGACGGCCUAGGUCACCUAACACACGAGAUCAGUCCAUAGAAAAAACUCAAAUAAUAAAGAAUAAUUCUGAUGAUGAAAAUAAUUCUGAUGAUUUUGUUGAAAAAUUAAAAGCCUCAAAAGGUUCUAAGACACCAGGCAGAGUGGAAUAUACAGAAAAAAGUGAUGAUGACUAUUGGAUUGAAACUGAUAAAAAUGAUACUAAAGAUACAAAAGAUACAAAAAAGUCUAAUAGGCCAGAAUAUUCAUCUAAGGGAUCUAAAACUCCUGGUCGAUUAGAUAUUUCUAAUAAUGAUAAAGAUGAGCACUGGGUAAAAUCUCAAACUUCCAAGACUUCAACAAAAAAUCUAUAUUCUAAUAGUUGGGACGAUUCUCCUAUUCGAGAGAAAUCAAUUCCUAAGGUACCAAAAACACCUGGUAGAAAAGAUUAUUUAUCUAAAGAUGAUGAUUACUGGAUAAAUUCUCCACUUGAGACUAAAAAAGAUCGUUCUUCAAAUGAUUUGUACUCAAACAAGUCAAUAAAUAAAGAUUCUUCAACGAUGUAUGUACAAGAAUUAAGUUCAUCUGAUUCUGAGCCAGAAAAAAAAGUUACAAAAAGAGCUAGGUCUAUAUCAUUAACUAACUCUGACAAAAGUGAUACCCCGUUGUUAAAUAUAGAACUAUCUAAUAAAAUAGGAAAUCGGUAUUCUCAAGCUCCACCUUCAUCCUCCAGAGGACCAAAUACUAUUUUAAAGGAACCACCACCUCCUACAAUACCUACUAUACCCAACAAUUUGCCAGUGUAUAAUUCACAAUGGUCAGGAAUACAAAAUUCUGCUACUACAUAUUCAACAACGAAUUAUCCUCAAUCUCAACCAACACAAUUCACAGCUUACCAACAACGACAACCAGUUCCUGUCCAAAAUGCUCAAUGGUACCAGCCAGGUUACCAGCAAUAUGGAACACCGUUCCAACAAUUUCAACAAUAUGAUCAAAAAACUGCUACUUAUAAUCCAGUACAUACUAAUCUGGAAUCAGUUGAAGGUUAUCAAUCUACCAAUCAAGGAUUGUAUAAUAUAGAUCUGAAACAUGUAGAUAUAACUAAACCCCCUCCAAGUAUUACACCAAUUACACCAGUACCAGAUACGCAAACUAAAAGUUCUCAGGAUAGCAUUUUUGAAAUGCAGCGUGAAACAUAUACAGCUAAACUUUUUAGUUUAAAAAAGGAACUUGAAACACUACAAAUACAGUAUGACACAUUUAAGUUGGAUAAUACAGAUGGUCGUCAUAAUAGUGAAUUAAAAAAGAAUAGAAAAGCACAGGAUGAUGUAAAUGGAAAAAUUAAAGGUGUAAAUAAUAUUCUUGAAGUAUUAAAUACAAUGAUUCCAAGAGACUCAUUAAAAGAAACUAAAAAAGUUGAACCAAAAAAAUUAACUACAGAAUCUGAAUAUGUGAAAAUCCCUACAGAAACUUUGCAACAAGAUGAAGUUUCAAAUAUUCACAAAAAUCACCGUCGCAGUUCUUCUUCGUCUUCCAUGGAAAUAAAAAAGAAACAUAAUAAGUCCAUUAAAUCAAAAAAAUCUUCUAAAGUACAUGUUUCAGAAGAAGAAGAUACUGAUUCUAAAAAAUCAUAUAAAUCUAAAGAAUUAAUUGAUACUAGUAAAAAAAAAAAACUUACUGAGAAAUUACCUCAAUUCAAUCAUGUUUAUUGUGAUUCAUGUAUUCACUGGUGUCAGCCAUGUAAUAUUUUUCCAAAAACUGCAAAAGAAUAUUUAACACAUUUACACAGUGAAUCCCAUAAUAAAACUUUGGAAGAAUUAAAUGUUGUUGAAUUACCUUGGCAUGAUACACAAACCGGACCUACUCAACCUGAGAAAAAUCCUGAAUUACCUACAAAACGAGUACCUAUCAAAGGUUUGGAAUUUUUUAUUGGAACUAAAGCUUGGUAUUGCAAACUUUGUGACACUUGGAUUGGAGAUCUUCAUUGUGCUUCAGCACAUUUUAAAUCUAAACAACAUAAUGAUUUAUAUGCGGAACUUAUUACAAAGGAACCAAAUUGGGAAAUUGAUUGGCUUACAAAAAGAACUCGUGCAUUUGAAAAGUCCUUAUCACAAAUCAGCACAAUUAAGCAUGAUGCAGUUAAAGAAGAUAAAUCUAAAGAAAACAUUCCUGAACCCAAAGUUGAAAAGUCUUUUUUUGAGAAAGAGCCUAGAAAAGACAGGGAAAAAGAAAAACUAAGAGAAAGAGAUAGAGAUAGAGAUAGGGAAAGAGAUCGAGAUAAAUAUAAAAAAGAACUAAAUCGAAAACCUACAGAUUUAAAAAGUCAGUUAAGCCCUGACAAAGAAAUUAAUGAUACGAAUAAUGUAUCUUUAUCAGAUUGGAUGAAACCAGUUGAUUUACAUGUAGAAAAAAGUAUGAUUACUUUAAAGGAAUCUGUUCAGAAAUCUAAAGACAGAUUACAUAAAACUAAAACUGAUGAAAUUGAUGAUUUCCGUAGAUCUGGCUCAUCUACUGCGCAUCCAGUAAAAAAGCAAAGACUUGAAGAACCAAAGCCUCCAAUUGUGUAUGAAAAAAAAGAUGAAAGUUUUAAUUUAUCUCAUCGUACUAGCAGAAUAAAAUUACCCUUUAUUGGGAAAAUGCCAUUUGCAAAACCAACUACUAAAAAAACAAGUUCGUCUACUAAAAAUAUACCCAAUUUUACUGUUGAGAGUACAAAUGAUGAACCUAAAGAACAUUUGAUGGAAUCUGUUGCGAUACAAAAAAUGUUAAUAGAAAAAAUGAUUACUGCAGCAAAUGAAAAAAAGAUUGAAAAGCAUAUAUUACCUGUUGAUAUGGAUAUUGAUGAUGAUAAUGAAAAUAAUGAUACAAUUGUAAGUUCAGAAACUGAUUCAAUUGAAACACAGUUUAACCGUUCACAACAACCAGGAAAUCAAAUACAUCAGAUGUAUAGUCAACCACAUACUACAAAUACAUUACCUCAAGAUUUAAGUACUGCAUUGAAUAUGAUUUUUCCUUGCGAUGAAACUUCUUCGGCAGUACCUUCUAUAAAUACACCAAUUAAUCCUCAAGUUCAUAAUCCAUUGAUUCAUCAACAUUAUAACAUGUCAUAUGGUGUAACAAAUAAUUUAAAUGUUUCGCCUGAAAGAAAGAAAAAGAAAAAUGCUCCAUCUCAACGAAAACGUAGGCACAUGAAAAAAAUUAUGGGUAAAGAAGAAGAACCUACUAAAGAUGAGUAUGAUGAAGAUGAUGAUGAUAAAUUUGAAGUCCCAAUUAUUCAGGGACCUAAAGAAGAAAAUAUUAAGAAAUCAAAUGGCAAUGAAUCUGAUGGAGAUGAACUUGCUAUGCUCGGUAUUGAUGCAGAAGACAUGGCUGCACAAUAUUACUGAAAAGUAUCAAUUUUAUUAUGUGACAAUUUAAUGUUCCUUUAUGUAUAUACAUGUAUUAUAUAUCAAUUUUAAUUUUAAAACUACCUUUCAAAUAAGUUUUACUUAUAUUUUGCUUGAACAAA